UACAUAUGUUAAAAACACUGAGGAUGGAUCCUAAACAACGUUUGCCGUGUUUCUGUCGAUAUUAUGGAGCAAAUUUUGAAAAAAGUUCGGCGUUAUAGUUGAAGUAUUUUCGGUCGACUUCUCAGCCAAGCAGGAUGAACAAACGUGACAUUUUUUGCCUCCAAAAAUAAUAUUUUUGGAAAAAAGGAACAUUUGCUAUCUAACUGGGAGUCUCCUGAGUGAAAGCAUCUGAAGUUCUUCAAAGGUGACCGCAAUAUCCGGAUGAUUUCUCAGCCAAACGUGAAGAACAAACGGAGCUAUUUUGGGGAAAAAUGAACUUUGGCUGUCUACCUGGGAAUCUCGUGAGUGAAAACAUCCGAAGUUCAUCAAAGCUCUCAUCCUAACACACCUGGAAUCUCUUCUCAUCACCCUGCUACUGAGCAAGCAUGGUCUGGAUCUUCUCCAGCAUACGUCCUGCCCUUGGCCUAAGCUUUAGUGCUUCCAGUCUGGUCACUGUCUUGCUCAACUCUGACAUGGCUUGGGGGAGGAUCAGGUCAUUCCUUUGCAGGGAACACUUUGAGGGUUCUGUAGACAUGGGGGAUCCAGCGAGUUCCAAUUGACGCUAGACAAAUAUCCACACCGAGCUCUUGCCCGAGACAUAGAGCUCCCGUUUGGAUUUUCCCCUGAAGUGAUAAGUCUUCCAUAUCAGAUUCAGAAGAUCGUACACAAGACACCUUUGGCUCUUUCUUCUGAAUGGUGAUGUGCCAUGUGAAUGACUGAGAACCACCAUGAAGCACUCACACAAGCUGCUGUUCGUCCUGUGCCCCAUGCUGGUCCUGGGCUUCAUCUACUACUCCUCUGGGAAGCUACACCUGCACGUAUGGGGCCAGAAGCCACAGUUGGAAGCAGAAAUUUCUCUCACCGUGGGACGAAUAGUAGGCUCAGUGUAUGAUAAGCAGGGCUUUCUGCUGAAGCUGGAUGGACAGUUGCCAGCGGAGUUGGUGUACAAGUAUGGCAACCUCAGCGAAGGAGUUUGCAAGCCGGGCUACGCAGCGGCCAAGAUGACCGCCAUCUAUCCAAAGUUCAUGAAGCCAGCUCCCAUGUUUCUCGACCGGAACUUCAAGCGGCUGGCCAAAGUCCGCAAUUACUUGCCUCCAUUUGGAUUCAAAACACAAGAAAGAAUCAUAGACAGUAUUCUAACUGCAACAAAGAACUAUGGCUUGGGUGAAGUCCUUGACAGUCUUGGUUGUAAAAGAUGCAUUAUUGUGGGCAAUGGUGGUAUCCUGGCCAACAAGUCUUUGGGCUCGCGCAUAGAUGAUUACGACAUUGUGGUGAGGUUGAACGAGGCUCCUGUGACUGGUUUCGGCAAGGACGUGGGCACCAAGACCACCAUGCGCAUCACCUACCCUGAGGGGGCCAUUCAGAAGCCUGAGCGCUACGAAAAGGACUCACUAUUCGUCUUCUCCGCCUUCAAACCGCUGGACUUCAAGUGGCUCAGACAAAUGGUCUUCAAAGAGAAACUGCGGGGUACAGAGGGCUUCUGGAAGUCUGUGGCACACUACGUCCCCAGGGAGCCCACAGAGAUGCGCAUCCUCAACCCCUACUUCAUCCAGGAGGCUGCCUUCCAAUUCAUCGGCCUGCCGCUCAAUAACGGCCUCAUGGGCAAAGGGAACAUUCCAACCCUGGGGACCGUCGCCAUAACAAUGGCGCUGCAUACCUGUGAUGAGGUGGUGGUGGCUGGCUUCGGUUAUGACAUGAACAUGCCUCACGCACCCUUGCACUACUACGAAACAGUCAAGAUGUCCGCCAUCAAAGAGUCCUGGACACACAACAUAUCCAAGGAGAAGGAGUUCCUCCGCAAGCUGGUGAAGGCCAACAUCAUCACGGACCUGACUAACGGGAUCUGAGUCUGACCAUCCAAGAGGUUUGCCUUUUCCCAAAAGAACUACAGAACAGAGGAUGCUGGGAAUGAACCUGGGUGGUGGUGAGGGGGAGAGGACCCUUAGAACCCAGACCCUGGUGGUCUGCACACUGUCUGAGUUUUUAUGUAGAGGAGAUUUAAGCGGAUGACUCGAAGGAAAGGCGCACAUAUGUGCCUUCUGACCCAGAGGCUCCUGUCUGACACAGCCAGGAGGGACGGGCAUGGAUCGAACGCCAGUGAGCGGACAAUCGGACAACCGCGUUUACCGUUUUGAAACCAGCGAGCAUCGAAUGAAACAUGAGUGGUAUGGAAGAGGAGGACGGAAGGUCUGACAGACAGAUGUAUAGACUGACAGAUUGCAAGAGAGAGACAGGGACAGAUAGUUACAGCAGUGCCAAAUGUACCUCGUUACAAUGGGGGGAGGAGAAUACCUCUCCCUCUACUGCCUGAAUGUAUUUACUUUAACAGUGUAAAUGUCAAAGAUUUUUACUAUGCUUUUUAACAAGCUCCAGCGACCUCCACCCCAUCCCCAGUUCUCUCAGUACUGUCUUUCCCAGCGAGCCUCCUUCCAGGCCUGGCGGGGAGAAACCUUUUUCAAACCUCUAUCUCCCCCUUCUCACUUCGAUAUCGGCAGGCGUUUUUGAGGCCACCGUGCGUUUUGAGAUGAGCAUUUUGGAUUUUAACAGGAAGUUUAAACCUGGAUUAUGUUAUCUUGGUUGAAUUUAUUUAUAAUUUAAGGCUGAUAGAGCACUAACUUUCUUUUCCGUCUAACAGUUCGCCAUAACUUGCUUCCUCAAUGACAUAAGUUGUUGAGUAGAUGUCCCUCAAAUCCUAGUAUUUCUAUUAUGGCUCUUCAAAAAGUGUUGUGAAUACCAUUAUGUGAGCGGUGGGGCAGCAGCCUAGGCCUAGGUUACCAGCCACGCAGCGAGCGUGGCGAUGGGAACUCUCCAUUAUUUGUGUGGUGCUGAGAAACAUUCCUAAUUUGUCCACGUGCAGAGCUUAUGUUCCCUUCCGCCAUGAAACUAUAUGUUGCCAAGUUUAUUUUCCCUGACUCGUAGCACAAUCGAAAAUUGUUAACUUAACCUUUAUUUUUAUUUCUCCUGUUAUGAUGGUUGAAUAUACACCAUCAUGGAAACAGUGAAAUGCCCGUUUUAGAGACAACAACCUGGUAGAUGGAUACACAUUUAAAGGGCAAGCAGGUGUUUGUUUACGAUAAUUAUGUUUAUUAUCAGUGAAUUAUUACAUGAAUUAACCUUGCACAAGCUAUAUAAAGUUUCAAUCUGUGGCUGGUAAAAGUUUGAGUAGCCAAUUUUUGCAGCCUUAUAGCCUAUUCGAUUCUGGGAAUUGUUUGUUUCAAAUUAAACAAUAUUGAAUGUAAAGGUAUUGUUUUAUGUCGGCUGUAGGCUUUCAUCAGUUAAGAAGGCUAAUUGGAAGGCUCUUUUUAAAAGCGAUUUGAGUUAAUGUGCUGCAUUGUGAAUUAUAAGAGAGGUUUAUCAUUCUUAGUUCAUGGCAUUCUUUUAUCCAAAUCUUGAAUAGACAUGCAGACAAAUUAAUACAGGGAAGGGGAACACCUAUUACCCUCCUACUCUGGAGUCAUAAAAACAAUUAAAUAUAUACUUUUUUUGACGGGUCACGGAUCGGCUUUGAACAAUUCUAUGUGGUUGGUUCGGGUUGUGGAGAAAAAUCUGUCCUGAUGUCAAAUAUCGGUUGGAGCUCGGAAUUGAUGUGCCUGACCCUUGCAAGAUUGCAGUAAAUUAUCCACAGGAGUUGUAUUAUAAUAUCCUUUUGACUUGCAAUACUGGUAUUACAAUGUGAAAGCUUCUGGUCCCAAGUUUCUCAGCAAAAAAAAAAAACGCCCAUUUAUUUGUUGUUGUUAGUUACAGUUAAGUAUUUAAGUGUUGCUCCGUGCACUGCAGUGGUUCAGUAUUGACCAGAUAAGACCACGCUAUGGUUGCAUUUUCUGCCUCCCUCGCCGCUUCCCUCAACAAAACUUAAGAAUGUAAUUUUUAAGAUUUGAAUAUUUAAAAAUGUACCGAAUGUAAUAAUCAGCUUUAUAUGGUGAAUUUUAUUCUGACAUAUGUUUUUUGUUUGUACCUUUUUUGGGGUGACAUUUGAGUAGUUUUAUUGAAAGUCAGUCAUUUUCUAUGAGACUUUUUCAAUUAAUAAGAAUUUUUUUUGUGCUUCCUGGACUGGACAGGAAUUUAAACAGAAUUGACCCCAACCCUGUUUUUCCAGCCUGGUCACUAAGCAGAAUAUAGCUAUUAAAACUGGAGACAACAAUGACAUACAGGAAACCUCACCAUAUCACUCAUUGGGAGAGGUCUAUCAGUUAUCACCUUGCCCUGUGCAAUCAAUCACUGGCAAGGUCAUUACACUUCAAAUCACAAGUGUUGCUGUUACUUUUUAUAUUAUAUACAGUGGGGAGAACAAGUAUUUGAUACUCUGCCGAUUUUGCAGGUUUUCCUACUUACAAAGCAUGUAGAGGUCUGUAAUUUUUUAUCGUAGGUACACUUCAGCUGUGAGAGACGGAAUCUAAAACAAAAAUCCAGAAAAUCACAUUGUAUGAUUUUUAAGUAAUUAAUUUGCAUUUUAUUGCAUGACAUAAGUAUUUGAUCACCUACCAACCAGUAAGAAUUCCGGCUCUCACAGACCUGUUAGUUUUUCUUUAAGAAGCCCUCCUGUUCUCCACUCAUUACCUGUAUUAACUGCACCUGUUUGUAAUCGUUCCCCUGUAUAAAAAGACACCUGUUGUUAAGGUUUUCUUCUGUUGAAGGAGAGGCGGACCAAAACGCAGCGUGGUUAUUUUGAUACAUCUUUAAUAAAGAUGACAAUAGAACAAUAUACAAAAACAAGAAACG